UGAUGAUAUCUGGACAUAGGUCUGCUUUUGGGGUGUGGCACAAAAGCAGACCUAUGUACCACACCCCAAACACCCAAAUGUUAUAAAAUGGGGAGGUUGAGUGGAGCUGACAGAAAAAGUAUCUUCUCUGCAGAAGAAGAAGGUUGGAGCAAUGGACCAUUGCAUAGUUUUCACACUGAUCACUGCAUUGGUGUUCAGUCUCUGUCAGGCUGCCCCAUCUGCAAGUCAGGAUGUCACCUUUGAGGACCAAGAAAAAGCAGAGUACUACCUGUCUCAGUUCUUUCCGAGCGAUGUAUCCAGAGGCAGAAGAAUUGGAAGUGACUCCCUCAGAGAGAGGCUUCAAUCAAUGCAGGAGUUCUUUGGCCUGGAGGUGACUGGGAAACUGGACUCCAACACCCUGGAGGUGAUGAAGAAGCCACGCUGCGGGGUCGCUGACAUCAACAGAUACGGCCACUUUCGGGGAAAACCCAAAUGGGAGAAGAAAAGGGUUACAUAUAGAAUAACCCAGUACACACAACACCUGAGGCAGAAAGAGGUGGAUGCCACCAUCGCCCAGGCGUUCAAGCUGUACAGUGAUGUUAUCCCUUUGGACUUCCAGCAAAUCUACAGUGGCACUGCAGAUAUCAUGAUCCUGUUUAAGGGUGGAUAUCAUGGUGACUCCUCUCCUUUUGAUGGUCCCUAUGGAGUUCUGGCCCAUGCCUUCUCUCCUGGACCAAAUAAAGGUGGAGACACACACUUCGAUGAUGAUGAGAAAUGGACUCUGAGCCAGAAAGGAAUUAAUCUGCUGUUGGUGGCUGCCCAUGAGUUUGGCCAUGCUCUAGGCCUGGACCACUCAAGAGAUCCCACUGCUCUGAUGUUCCCCAACUAUAAGUAUGUGGACACAAGAGGAUACAAGCUGCCAAAAGAUGACAGAUUGGGAGUCCAAGCUUUAUAUGGUGUUCGGACUCCAGAUGAAAAACCCAAACCUAAACCGGAACCUACACCAGAGCCCAAACCAGAGCCUAAACCAGAUCCCAAGCCAAAGCCUAAACCAGAAAUGUGCGAUCCAGACCUGGUUUUUGAUGCUGCUACCACCAUUAGGGAUGCACUUUACUUCUUCAAAGAUGGGUACUACUGGAAGAGAAAUCACUAUUUUAUGGACAUCGAGUUGAACACUGUGGAGUCCACCUGGCCUUCUAUUAAUUCUGUGGAUGCUGCAUAUGAAUACCGAAGGAAAAAUAUAGCCUUCCUUUUCAACGGUGACCAGUACUGGGGAGUUAGAGGGGAAAAGAUUCUUCCUGGCUAUCCCAAGCCCAUCUCUAAAUUGGGCUUCCCCUCAUCAGUGCCUAAGAUAGACUCAGCAGUCCACAUGAAAUGGACGGGAAGAACCCUCUUCUUUGUUGAAAACAAAUACUGGAGUUUUAAUGAAAGGAAAAACAGAAUGGACCGUGGAUAUCCCAGAGACAUCGCUCAUGAUUUCCAAGGAAUUGGUUCAAAGGUGGAUGCUGCCUUUGAGUUCUUUGGAUUCUUAUAUUUGUCUGAAGGUGCCAUGCUGAGUGAGUAUGACUAUCGCUUCAGAAGACUGGGCCGUGGACACUUGAACAAUGAAUGGCUGGACUGCAACCAAGCAGGCUUAUCAGUAUAUUAAAGCUAUGGUCGCAGGGGGGCUGGAGCCUAUCCCAGCAUACAUUGGGCGAAAGGCAGGAAUACGCCCUGGACAGGUCGCCAGUCCAUCGCAGAGCACACACACCAUUCACUCACACACUCAUACCUAUGGGCAAUUUCGACUCUCCAAACAGCCUAACCUGCAUGUCUUUGGACUGUGGGAGGAAACCGGAGUACCCGGAGGAAACCCACGCAAACACGGGGAGAACAUGCAAACUCCACACAGAGAGGCCCCGGCCGACUGGAAUUCGAACCCAGGACCUCCUUGCUGUGGGGUGGCAGUGCUACCCACUGCACCAUCCGUGCCGCCUAACAAUAAAACAAAUGUGCAUAAUUUUUAUUAUUCAAGCAUUAUAUGUAUUUAAAAACAUAUUUUUCUAAGCCUACAUUUUCCACUAUAAAAGUUCUGCUACGAUGCGCCCCCACUUUCCUGCAGGUCAACCUGUAGGAGUGGUUAUCCUCAGGUGACUUACUACUACGGAGAACAUUCUCAACCGGUAGAAAAUAGGACGAUAAAUUUAAAACUCUACUACUUAGCAGAACGGACAUCUCGUCUGGUCUUCAACCUUCCCAAAUACUCACACGUCACCCCCCUGCUUACUUCCCUCCACUGGCUGCCUGUCAUGGCUCGCAUCAAAUUCAAAACAUUGGUGCUAGCCUUCCAAGCAGUUAAAGGGUCUUCCCCAGCUUAUCUGCAAAAAAUCAUCAGACCCUACACCCCUGCCAGACCUCUUCGUUCAGCCUCCACAGGCCGCUUGGCACCUCCCCCUCUCAGAACCUCCACCUCACGCUCACGACUACUGUCUGUUCUGGCUCCACGGUGGUGGAACGAACUCCCCGUUGAGGUCAGAACUAUAGAAUCCCUCCCCACCUUCAAGCGCAAGCUGAAGACACACCUCUUCAAACAGCACCUCUCCCCAUCCCUCCCUACCUCCCUGUGAACCUUAAUUGUUGUCUCUGUGACUUGUGUAUCAGUAUUUUAGUUGGCUAGGUAAGCAGUGUUUGGAUAGUUAACUUUGGUGACUUUUGCUCUGUUUGUUUGUUUGUUCAAA